AACCGUCCAUCCGAUCUGCCAAGCGAAGUUAGCCGUUUCCGUCCAUCGCCGGAUUUGAUCUGAUAGUUAGAUAACCUUAGCAACUAUCUCACGACACCUCUUUGCCGCCGUUGCACCCCACAUUCCACCCAACGACGAGCGCCACGCCUCAUCACUCACAACAACAACAACAACAGUCAUGCUACCACUCUCGCUCCUCAACGCCGCGCAGGGCAGCCCCAUGCUCGUUGAGCUCAAGAACGGCGAAACCCUCAACGGCCAUCUCGUCAGCUGCGAUACCUACAUGAACCUCACCCUGCGCGAGGUCGUACAGACGUCCCCGGACGGUGACCGCUUCUACCGUCUGGCGGAGGCCUAUGUGCGCGGAAACAAUGUAUGCGUGCUUGCUCGCGGCGAUGGGAUGGAUGCGGUGGAUGGGGGAUGAGACGGUGCUGAUACAGCGCAGAUCAAGUAUCUCCGCCUGCCGGAGGAGAUAAUAGAAGUCGUCAAGGAGCAGCAGGCGCAGCAGCAACAGCAACACCAUGGAGGACGGGGCGGUGGUGAUCGCGGUGGAAGGGGUGGGUUCCAGAGGG